AUGACGACGGCCGGUAGCAGCGGCAUCGGCAAGGAGGAUGCGUCCGGCGCCGACCUCUACGCCGUUCUCGGCCUCAAGAAGGACUGCUCCGACGCCGACCUCAGGCUCGCUUACCGGAGGCUCGCCAUGAUAUGGCAUCCGGACAGGUGCUCGGCGUCCGGCGGCUCGACGCGCGUCGAGGAGGCCAAGGAGCGGUUCCAGGAGAUCCAGGGCGCCUACUCCGUGCUCUCCGACUCCGGCAAACGGCUCCUCUACGACGUCGGCGUUUACGACAGCGACUACGACGACGAGGAGCAAGAUGUUUCGGGGAUGGGCGGCUUCCUCGGAGAGAUGGCCGAGAUGAUGAACCAAGUGACGCCAGCAAGCUUCGAGGAGCUGCAGCAGCUGUUCGUCGACAUGUUCCAGGCCGACCUCGUCGGCGGGUUCGGGUUCGGCGGCGAGGCUCCUACGGACCACCGGGCCCAGGCCGGGAUCCCGCCCUGCGACUCGCGAUCUACGUUCGCGCAGGCACCGCCGGCGUCAUGUAUUGGUGGCGGCGUCAAUAAGCGGUGCUCGUCCGCCAUGGACUCCGGGAUGCCGUCGUCGGCGCGGGAUGGCACGGGCAUCGGCGGCAGGAAGAAGCAGCAGACGGUGUCGACGAGCCACGGGGUAUCGUAG